AUGGUGCAGAGUGGGAUGCUACCGACAGUCAUAAACACUUUCUUGCCCUUGCUGGUUCUCUUCAUAGCAGUGGCUUACGUGUAUUUCUGUGGCGAUUACACCAGUCGUGAGGUUGUUCAUCAUAAUACAGCAUUUGUACACCCGUCGGACAGGAAGCUUAUCGAUAAGCAUGAACUACUAGAAGCGCAGUUAUCCGAAGAGGCGGCGACUCGACGAAGAAUAGAAGCUCAUCCGAAAAGUGUCGUGCUGGGGUUUGGAGCAUGCCUGGAUGGAGUUACUCGUGGAGUGGAUCUACUCAGGGAGCUGCACAUAGAGCCUUCUGAGCACCCCCAGGAUCAUGAUGUCAUCACCAGUCGGGAGGAUUUGGCCGAAACUUUUCACUAUUUUUUUGAGCACGGUGCUGCGGCUGAGCGCUACGUCUCAAACAGGACACUCUUCGAUGAACUGGUCACUGCAGUGCGGAGUUUUGGUGAUCAUUAUGGGACUUUCUGGAGAUUCGGUGGCAACGCUCCACAUAUGGGGUGUAGGAUCAAGCUGGAGGGGCAUGAUGUUCUGUUGGGCGCACAUGUCUCGAAAGAGCUCCGAGAUCAGUUCGCCGUGUCCUUGCCGGUAGCAGGAGGUCUGGCAUCAGCAUCAACGGAAGGAAGUGGAGACGAUAUCCACAUCAUUUUGGAGAGCAUUUCUGAUGAGACUUGGGGUUCCGACAUUUGUCCGAGGGCUAACCGUUUAGCUCUUCAUAGCGAUAUUCACUCACCGUAUCUGCGCGGUAUAGAGGAGAUCCAGGAGGAAAUAGGCUCGGGUGCAUUCAAGCCCGACGCCUUGGUCCUGGGGGCUUUCCAAAUGAUGGAUGGGUUCCCGUUCCCAACAGAAGGGGAGCGGCUAGAGCGACUUGAGCGGGCUCGACAGCUGAUUGAUGCACAGGGCCCUUCCGUAAAGGUCCACGUUGAACUCGCUAGUUUCGCCAAUUCUCAGUUCAUGAGAGAGUUGUAUGAUACCGGUAUGCUGACUAGAGUCGAUAGUCUUGGGAUGAAUGAACAGGAGCUAACGACAUUCACGGACUGGCUGGGAAAGUCGUCUACGAGCGAUGGGAGUCUCAUCCGCGCUUCGGAGUCUCGUCCUAAAGUUCGGAACGUUUUGGAUGCGUUACGAAGCCUUUGGAAACUGAUUGAAGAAGUGAAUGAGAAAACGAACUCCACGAGGCAGGUAUCUCGUAUACACGUUCACACUCUAGCCUUCCAAGCUGUUUUGGUCAAGACCGAUGCCUGGAACAGAACAGCAGAAGCCAUGAGUAAAGCGAGUCUCAUCGCCUUCAAGCAUGUGUGUGGUUUCAACACUGACGAUGAUAUAGACCUGAACAAGGGAAAGGUUCUGUUAUAUGAUACGUUCGUCGAUAGUGAAGAUGAAGACCUGGCGCAGAGGAGGGAUGUGCUUAAGACUAGGCACCAUAAUGGGGUGGUUUGUUGGGAUGAUACUCGCGAUCAAGAAUCCAUCGAUAAGGUUACCAUGUGCCUGAGUCCAAACAUUGUAUGCACAGAACCUGUAGCAACGAUUGCAGCGGGCGAUAACAUCUCAGGAGCUGCUAUCGCGGUACAAAUUUAACUGAACUCUGUCGCGAG